ACAACGAGAGAGAGUGAGGCUGGGUGGAGAUUAGAGAAGAGCAAGCAGCACUCAGCACUGCCAGCCGCGGUAGCUCAAUAUGGAGUAACCGCCGGAGUACAAAGAACAACCCGCUUUGGAUCGAAAUGACAUAAACAAGGAAUAAGGGAUCACUUCCAAUGAUGAGAUACGACAUUGCAUAUACACAAUCAACUUGAAGGGAAUAAAAUAGAUUUUGACAUUUCUAUUUAUUAUUAAAAAAUGGCGAACGAGUCUCCAGCUAAAAGUCUAGUUGACAUAGACCUUGCCUCUUUGCGGGACCCAGCUGGUAUUUUCGAACUGGUGGAAGUGGUCGGCAAUGGCACGUAUGGACAAGUAUACAAGGGCCGACAUGUCAAGACAGGACAACUGGCGGCCAUCAAGGUCAUGGACGUCACAGAGGAUGAAGAGGAGGAGAUUAAACUGGAGAUUAAUAUGCUGAAGAAGUACUCCCACCACAGAAACAUAGCCACCUACUACGGAGCCUUCAUCAAGAAGAGCCCACCAGGACAUGACGACCAGCUCUGGCUGGUGAUGGAGUUCUGUGGUGCAGGCUCCAUCACAGACCUGGUGAAGAACACCAAGGGCAACACACUGAAGGAGGACUGGAUCGCCUACAUCUCCCGUGAGAUCCUCAGGGGGUUGGCUCACCUGCACGCCCACCAUGUGAUCCACCGUGACAUCAAGGGCCAGAACGUGCUGCUGACUGAGAACGCUGAGGUCAAACUGGUGGACUUUGGUGUGAGCGCCCAGCUGGACCGGACGGUGGGCCGGAGGAACACCUUCAUCGGGACACCCUAUUGGAUGGCGCCCGAGGUCAUUGCCUGCGACGAGAACCCAGACGCCACCUACGACUACAGAAGUGACUUGUGGUCCACUGGAAUCACAGCUAUAGAGAUGGCUGAGGGAGCUCCUCCGCUGUGCGAUAUGCAUCCAAUGAGAGCGCUCUUCCUCAUCCCCCGAAACCCUCCUCCUCGACUCAAAUCAAAGAAAUGGUCUAAGAAGUUUUGCAGCUUCAUCGAGGGCUCCCUGGUGAAGAACUAUACCCAGCGCCCCCCCACCGACCAGCUGCUGAAACACCCCUUCAUCAGGGACCAGCCCAAUGAAAGGCAGGUCCGCAUCCAACUCAAAGACCACAUCGACCGCACCAAGAAGAAGAGGGGGGAGAAGGAUGAGACAGAGUAUGAGUACAGUGGGAGUGAGGAAGAAGAGGAGGAAGCUCAGGAGCAGGAGGGGGAGCCCAGCUCCAUAGUGAACCAGCCAGGGGAGUCAACCCUGCGUAGGGACUUCAUCCGUCUGCAGCAGGAGAACAAGGAGCGCUCGGAGGCCCUGCGCAGACAGCAGCUCUUGCAGGAGCAGCAGCUCCGGGAGCAGGAGGAGUACAAGCGCCAACUACUGGCAGAGAGGCAGAAACGCAUCGAGCAGCAGAAAGAGCAGAGGAGGCGGCUGGAGGAGCAACAGCGUCGUGAGCGGGAGAUGAGGCAGCAGGAGCGUGAGCAGCGGCGCCGCGAGCAGGAUGACAAGAGGCGUAUGGAGGAGGUUGAACGCCGGCGUAAAGAGGAGGAAGAGCGUAGGAGGGCCGAGGAGGAGAAGAGGAGGGCUGACCGCGAGCAGGAGUACAUCCGUCGGCAGUUGGGUGAGGAGCAGAGGCACCUGGAGAUCCUGCAGCAACAGCUGCUACUGGUGAGACCAAACUCUGCCGAUGAGAGGUACCGUAAGAACAUCCAAGGUUCUCAUCAGGCUGCCCAGGUUAAGGUCCAGCCCCCAGUUCCUCCCCGCGCCGCAGAGACCGUCGCUAACGGAAACGCCCCCUUGGCCGCCCCACCCGCCAUGCACAGACCCAUGGAAGCCCAGGUCCAGUGGUCCCACCUGGCCACUCUAAAGAGCAGCAUCGCCGCUCCCCCCGUCAUCUCACGCUCUCAUUCCUUCAGUGAGCCCAUCGUCCCUGGCUUUGCACACCUCAACCUGCGCUCUCAGGAGCAGCACCAUCAACCUGCACCAUCAUCAUCAUCGCCCGCACGCACUGACCUGCAGCCCCACCCCCAGCCUAGGGCCACUCCCCUCGAGAAGGCCCCCACAGACGACACCCCUCCCAGGGUUCCUGUGAGGACAACGUCCAGGUCUCCAGUACUGUCACACAGGGACUCCCCUUUCCAUGGCAAUGCCAACGCUACGCCUAGCAACCCGGUGAGCCAGAGGAACGCCAGCAGUGCUGCAGCGGAACCGCGUCUGCUGUGGGAGCGGGUGGAGAAGCUGGUUCCCAGGCCAGCCAGUGGUAGUAGUGGUAGUACUGGCAGUUCCUCUGGCUCCAGUAACUCCAGCUCUCAUAGCGGCUCAGGGGAGAGAUUCAGAGCCCGCUCCUCGUCAAAGUCUGAGGGUUCUCCCCUGCAGCGCCCAGAGCAUGCUGGGAAAACCCCAGAGGAGAGGAAGGACUUGGUCAGAUCUAACCGACCGGUGGGGGAAGUGGAUCUGACGGCGCUGGCCAAAGAGCUGCGUGCGGUGGAGGACGUUCCACGCCCCCACAAGGUGACGGACUACUCCUCAUCUAGUGAAGAGUCGGGGACCACAGAUGAGGAUGAUGAUGAAGAGGUGGACCAGGAGGGAGGGGAGGAGUCUACCUCAGGACCAGAGGACUCUCGGGCUGUCUCUUCGAGGCUGAGCAACGGUGAGACGGAGUCGGCGAAGAUCAUGAUCGUUCACGGCGAGAGUGACGCUAAAACCACACCCUGUAAAGAUGGCACUCUGAUCGUCAGACCGAGAGCAGGUGACAGCAAAAUGCGACCUUUUCCCAGCCCUGGUCAAGGCCCUGUCCUUGGCUUAGUCCCCAGUCCCGGGCUGAUUCACCCUGCCCUCCAGGGCCACCCCGGUCUCCAAGGCCACCAGGAGAGAAAUGGCUUUGCAGGCCGCAUUCACCUCCUGCCUGACCUGAUCCAGCAGAGCCACCACUCCCCCUCCUCCUCCUCCGCCUCCUCCUCCCCCUCCUCCUCCAGCCUGGCCAGCCCCACCAUGUCAAUGUCCCCCCAGAGCCCCCUGGACAAGCUCAGCAUGCUCCUGGAGAGCCAUUCUUCCAGCAACAGCAUGCAGAAACACAAGUCCUCCUCCUCCUUCACUCCCUUUAUUGAUCCACGCCUCCUCCAGGUCUCUCCAUCCGGUGCUGCUCUCAACAACCUGGCUUUUGGGAACGACGCCAGGCUGGCAGAGGCACUGAGGGCGGACCCGUCACGUAAAGGCUCUGUGGUCAACGUAAACCCCGUCAACACACGGCCGCAGAGUGACACCCCAGAGAUCCGCAAGUACAAGAAAAGGUUUAACUCUGAGAUCCUGUGUGCUGCACUCUGGGGCGUGAACCUCCUGGUGGGCACAGAGAGUGGUCUGAUGCUGCUGGACCGUAGUGGUCAGGGGAAGGUCUACCCCCUCAUCAGCCGACGCCGCUUCCAACAGAUGGACGUCCUGGAGGGACUCAACGUCCUGGUCACUAUAUCAGGCAAGAAAAACAAGCUGCGUGUUUACUAUCUGUCCUGGCUGAGGAACAAGAUCCUGCAUAACGACCCUGAGGUGGAGAAGAAACAGGGCUGGGUCACUGUGGGAGACCUCGAGGGCGCUGUGCACUACAAAGUUGUGAAAUACGAGAGGAUCAAGUUUUUGGUGCUGGCCCUGAAGAACUCGGUGGAGGUCUAUGCAUGGGCACCGAAGCCCUACCACAAGUUCAUGGCCUUCAAGUCAUUUGGUGACCUGGUGCACAAGCCCCUACUGGUUGACCUGACGGUGGAGGAGGGUCAGAGAUUAAAGGUCAUCUAUGGCUCCAGUAACGGAUUCCAUGCCGUGGACGUGGACUCAGGGGCAGUCUACGACAUCUACCUGCCCACACAUAUCCAGACCAGUAUCCAGUCCCAUGCCAUCAUCAUCCUGCCCAACACAGAUGGCAUUGAGCUGCUGGUGUGUUACGAGGACGAGGGUGUCUAUGUCAACACUUAUGGACGCAUCACCAAGGACGUGGUGCUGCAGUGGGGCGAGAUGCCCACUUCUGUGGCUUAUAUCCGUUCUAACCAGAUCAUGGGCUGGGGGGAGAAGGCCAUAGAGAUCAGGUCUGUGGAAACCGGACACCUGGACGGGGUCUUCAUGCACAAGAGAGCCCAGAGACUCAAGUUCCUGUGUGAGAGGAACGACAAGGUGUUCUUUGCCUCGGUGCGGUCCGGAGGAGCCAGCCAGGUGUACUUUAUGACCCUGGGGCGUACCUCUCUGCUCAGCUGGUAGAGAGAGACCAUGCCCCCUCUACACUGGAAACCAACCAACCGCGUUUUACCUGACGUUCAGUGAUGCCAACGGACAAAAGCCAACCACCUCCGACUUAGCUAUGACCUUUGACCCGGAGCAUCAUGUUAUAUUGAGGAUACACACAACAUCCAGAUGCCGUCGCCCCAGCCAUGAAUACUAGAUAUGAGAAUUGUUAAAAAUGAAGUUAAUUGAUUCUUUUAUUUUUUAAGGGGGGGAACGGUUUGCCCCACUUUGGUGCUCAACUGAUUGUGGACACGUCUGUGCGGGGUCGUUGCCCUGAACACGUGUGACCUCUGUGUGUGUCGUUCCUAGUUACUGACUGUGCUAUGGGCUUGAAGUCUACUAACUACUCUCUGCAUCUUCUGCUCGUAUUCCAGGAGCCCCCCUCCAACCCACCCUUUUCCUUAGCGAGGGAGGAGCAGGGGUGGAGCAUACAGUGUUAAUGCUACAGUAGUGUAUGUAAAUGUCUUUCUGUUAAUUCCAAUGAUUGCUGACUGCGGGGGGGUGUUGAAGCUGUCAGUCAUGGAGGAGGCUGGAAUAAAGAAGCUGCGCAAAGGAGCCAAUUUGUUCUAGGCUCAGUGCUGGCAUGAUGACAGCAGGUGGAAGGGGCCAAGGCGUUUUACAGUAAAUCUGGUAGUACCUGAGAGGACUCAGCUGGACUGUGUGUUAAUAGAGUUAGGACAGCUACAGUAUUUUAAUGGUGGGGUCAAAGAAAAUGAUUUUAUUCAGAUGGACUUCAGACUAGUAUUUUUAAAAAUUAUUAUUAUGAUUCCCUAAAAAAGUGAAACUAUGUGGAGUUAAUAUUUAUUUUACCUUAUUUUCAAAAAUCACAUUUGCACAGUCUCCAGUUUGCUUGCUUUUAUUCCAACCCACAACACAUUGAAAUGCUUUAGGAGUUAGAGAGAGUGGGUGGGUUAGAUAAAGGAAACAGUAUCUAUGUAUAAUAAAAGUUUAAUUUAAUUCCAUCCAUAGUUUUUCAGUGGUCAUGGUAGUGGAUCCCUCAGUGAUCCGGCUUGGACCAUCAGAGGGUCCAGGAUGGAGGACAUGGUCCUGAUGUGAAUAGACAGAUAUAAUAAAAGAGAGUGGAGGAGAAGGGUGAGGUGAUAGUACAGUGUGUGUGUCUGUGUGUGUGUGUGGUUGUAAAGGGGCCAAUAGGCGAGAGAGGAGGGGUGUUGAUGAAAGUUUUUGUAGCAGGAAGGUUACACAUGGUCAGCAAAACUCAAUGGACUGUGGUGAAAAAACAGUGGUGUUUUGAUAUUUCAGCUUUUUGUUUUUCAUUUUUAUAUUUUCAUGAAUGCAAUGCUCUAAGUGUCAAGAAUGUAGAAAGAAAUAUACUGUGUGGUGGUCAAAGGCAUGAGACUUUUAUUUUUGUUCCUUGUCACAAGUGAUUGAUUUCGAUGUUCAAUUUCAAAGUAACACAAGUGAAUACUAAACGAUGGAGCCUCUAUUAAAGAUGUUGAUUUUCCUUUCACAAACUCAAUGUUUUAAAGUGCAUCAGAGCUGGAGAGAGAGCAGGUCUGAGUUGAGACGUUGCUAGGCUAUAGUAGUUUUUUGUGGGGCCAGUAUGCUCACAGUAGCCUAAUCAACCUUAUUCACCAACAGGGCUUAGUCCUCAGUGUAACUGUAAACAACAUGACCAAGCUCAGCUAAGUCGUCUUGAGCGCGGUACGUUUGUCCAUCUUGUGCAAUGUCAGCUUAUCAAUCAAUGGAAGGCAAUACAAUACAAAACAACUUGUUUCAAAUCAGAGGAGAGCAGUCUGGUCACCAGGAGCCAGAGCACAGGUGAUCUCUGACCGCUGUGAUUCUACAGCUCUCGUCUGAAGGUGUUCAAGACGGAAACCCACUUUGGGCAGAAUAAUGUUUUCACUGUUAAAGGGUAUAGUCUGUACAGAUAUGUGAAGAAGACGAUUCAAUAAACUGCAAUAUCCCCUGCCACGGCUCUCCUACAACAGUGUAUCUGAUCUUCCUUGACCAUAGUGACAAACAACAACAACAACAUCAACAACAGGCUAUUAUCUUGAGGAGGAUUGUGUUUUAAUGGUGAUGAUGGAUCAAAGCUAUUUCACCCAAGGGGACAGACUCUGUACCCUGACUGUGUGUCUGACCACAGUGGGUCAAUUAAUCUCUGAGUUGGGUCUUUCUCCUACUAACAGUCAUGUCAUUCUGUGUGUAGAGCUGUGGGAAAGGCACUGCAAAUUACAUGUCACAGAAUUGUUUCACGAGCCAACUUUUCUUGUAUAUGGAAAAAGAAAGCAGUUUGAAAAGCGAACCCCAAUGAUGUAUGUGUGUGUUUAAUAGCCUCCCAGUGCUGACCCACUAUGUCUUUCUGGUUGCAUCAAGGCCUUCAUGAGUGGCAUAAAUUACUUUAUUAAGAUUAUGGUUAUUGAUAUUCUUAUUAAUGGAAAAAAUUACAAUUUCUUUGCAAUCUGAAAAGCAGUCGCUUGCUGAUUUAACGUUUUAAAAAAGUGCCAAGAUGGCAACAUUAAACGUGUCAAAAAAAAUACAAAACCACUUUGUUGAUCUCACUUGAAGCAUUGUGUAUUCUUAAGUUUUAAACUUGGUUAAGAAGCUUAAUAAUGGUUUCUGUUGUUUCUGUAAGUUUAUGUACUCUGCAGUGGUUGAAUAUUAUAAUGCUCACAUUAGGUCGGGAAAAUGGCUAUGUUUACAGAGGCAAUGUUUUGUUACACUAAUGUGCAUCAUGUAAUUUAUGUUUCUUUCUGAAAAACAUCUGUUUAGCUUUCUUCUUCUUUUUGUAUUGAAUGUUAUUUUUGUCAAUAAUCCUAAAUGAUGCCAUUUUUUUCUCUCUCAAAUAACCAACUCACAACACAAUAAAGAAUACUCAUGCAAUGUUUAAUUUUCCAGAUGUUCCCAUAACAUUAAUCCAGCGUUGUGGGGACAUUAGUGAUGUACGGUCCGUUUCCUGCAGGCUUGGAUGUCAGUCAGGCCUGGGUGUUUUUCUCCAGUGUUUCUGAUAUGCUACUCUAAUUUAUGUCCUCUCUAUGUAUGACAGGAAGUCCUGUAUUUUCCUGAAGGGUUUUUUUCUUUGAAUAAACUAAAGUAAUUUAAA